AAAUCGCCCUUUUCCCCCAAAAGCUAAUUUAUGGAGGAAAGACUCUUCUGUUUUUAGCAUAGCAGCCGCCUUCACCUCCUCCUCCGCCUCUUUGCUCCGACCGUCACCGCUAUGGCCGCCUGUCUGUUCCCUCUUUUCGCCGUCGUGUUGGCGUCCCAGGCGGCAGCCGGAGACCCGGAGGGACCCGCUCACGUAGACGGAGCUCCGCCUUCAAAGAUAGCGGUGGUCGGGGCCGGGAUAGGAGGCAGUGCCACAGCUCAUUUCCUGCGGCAGCACUUCGGCCCAGAAGUCCAGGUGGACGUGUUUGAGAAGGGUGAGGUUGGAGGCCGUCUUGCUACUGUGACAGUCAACCACAAUGACUAUGAGUCCGGAGGCUCCAUCAUCCACUCCCUCAAUCUUCACAUGCAGGAGUUUGUCAAACAGCUGGGUUUGAAGUAUCGCCGCAGCGUGGCGGGAAAGACGGCGGUGUUUAACGGCGAAGAGGUGAUCCUGGAGGAGACGGACUGGUAUCUGCUGGACUUGUUCCGGCUGUGGUGGCGCUAUGGCAUCAGCUUCAUACGCCUGCAAAUGUGGGUGGAAGAAAUCAUGGAGAAGUUUAUGAGGAUCUAUAAGUACCAGGCCCACGGCUACGCCUUCAGCUCGGUGGAGGAGCUCCUGGACUCUCUCGGUGGCAGCGGCUUCAUCAACAUGACGCGCAGACCGCUCUCCGACUCGCUGCUGGAGCUGGGCGUGUCCCAGCGCUUCAUCGACGAAGUCAUCGCGCCCGUCAUGAGGAUCAACUACGGGCAGAACGUCAGCAUCCCGGCCUUUGUAGGUGCCGUGUCUUUAGCCGGUGCCCAGAACAACCUGUGGGCGGUUGAAGGAGGCAACAAGCUGGUGUGUUCCGGCCUGCUGAAGAUGGCCAACGCAAACCUCCUGCUGGCACAAGUGGACUCCAUCUCCCCCGUCCUCUCAGGCGAGGCGCCUCAGUACCAGCUCACCUUCACCUCAGCUGAAGGAGCGGGAUCCGAGCUGUACGACAUCGUGAUCUUGGCCACGCCGCUCCAGGCCAGCAUCAACUCCGAAGUCCAUUUUCAAGGCUUCACGCCUCCCUUCGACCAGCUGCCAGGCAACUAUCACAGCACUGUGGCAACUAUUGUUCACGGUUACCUCAACACCUCCUUCUUCGGUUUCCCGGACCCCCGCCUCUUCCCAUUCGCCAGCGUCCUGACAACGGAGACACCCGAGCUGUUCUUCAACAGCGUGGCCAGCGUCUGUCCCGUCAACAUCUCGGCGGGUUUCCGACGUAAGCAGCCGCAAGAGGCCGGAGUAUACAAGGUUUUCUCGCCACAGCCGCUGGACAAGUCUCAGCUCAAAUCACUGUUCAGGUCGUACUACUCUGUCCAGGUCACAGAGUGGCAGGCCUACCCUCACUACGGCAGCAGCCAGGGCCUGCCGCCCGUGGAGCUCCACCCCAACCUCUACUACCUCAACGGCAUCGAGUGGGCCGGCAGCGCCAUGGAGAUGAGCUCGGUGGCCGCCAAGAACAUCGCCCUGCUGGCCUACCACCGCUGGAACAGGCAGACGGACAUGGUGGACCAGAAAGAUCUGAUGCACAGGAUCAAAACGGAGCUAUGACCUGCUGAACAGGAUGUCGACACGCGACUCAUCAGAGAUGUGUGCAAACAUUGCAGAAUUCUACACCGGGUCUGUUCUGCUUAAUGGCAUUACAAAAGGUGAAAUUCACUCUGAGAAAACAUCAAAUUUAACUUGUUCACACAAUUUUAGUAGAAGGGAACAUCAGUUAUGCAAGUGAACGCUAUAUUACUGCUGGCCAAGCAGCUUCAAGCAGCAAAGCAAUACUUUAGAGGCUGAAUUAGGAUGAAUAAACAUAAACUAAGGCUGUAAAAUGCAACAAUUUAUCGGAAAUUACCUUUUGAAAACUGACAGUUUUACACUGUUCUUAACUGAAAUGACUAUGACACCCCUGAUCCAGAAAAUAUUUCACCAAGGAGUGUCUGGUGGGACCGUUAGGCAGCGCCAUCAUUCAAAGGCUGGUUUUAUCUCGCUGAUAGUUUUCCUUUGUGUCCUCAGUGCCAGAUAAAUGUGGCAUGUUGCAGUGAUUUAUUGCCAAAACUAAUUGGUGAUUUACGUCCAGGAGCUCUGCUGCAGGAAGUCUUUCCUUUCGCCAACAAAUGAGUGAACCAAGAAACUACAGAAAACACAAGAUGAUAGACGUCUUUGUAGACGGAAAAUGAGCGUUUUUGAGGUUUCUGGGACUGCAGGAGCGAAGGAACAGCUUUUGAUACAAGUCCUGCUACUGCUCUGUAAAUAGAUCAUUCAAUCAAGCCAAGGAAACAAGAAAAGGUGCAAUUACUCCUUUAACGUCACCUUUAGACACGUCAUCAAGCACUCUCUCAUCAAUCAAACCUCCGGAAACGUAAUAAUCAUCUGACCUGCUCUUGGCCACCAGGGCAGUCUCAUAAAAGUAAUCUCAAUUGGAUUGUUUUUUUGUUUUUUUGUUUUGGUUUCUCCACAAAUUAAAAAAUAUCAAUAAUUUGGUGACUCAUGGUAGUUACCACUGGUGCUCUGCUCUAUUGCCCCUUUCAUCAGACUAUUUCAUUAUCUCCCCUUCCUGCUGCUUUUGUUGCAUAAUCCAGCGGAAAGAAUUUUUUUCAGGGAACAAAGCCAAACAGCUUUUUUUUUUUCCACACUGGACUGAAUGAAAACAAAGGCUGGCUCUGCUGCUGCUGUUGCUGCUGGUGAUGACACUUUGCUUCUUGUUUUCUCUCCAGCCUUAUACUGGUGUUGUAAUCCUGGUGGCCAAGUCCCGAACUCCAGAAAACCGGUUUAAAGCUGGUCCAAAACUAAAAACAAAGAAACCUUUACCCUAAUCUAAACUGCACAAAACCAGUCUAUAUCCAGUCCAAACAAGAGGAAACCGACCUGAGACACAGAAAAUCAAGAUAAACCCACUUCAUGAAAAUGAACAUUUCUUCUAUGUAAAAUGUAAAAACAUGAUUGACACAACGGGAAAGCACUGAUGUCUCUUAUCCUCAGGCUUUCAACAGCUUUAUCACUUUUUUUUCGUCUUUUUUUUUUUUAUAGCUGUGCUUUCAGACUUGCUGUUGUCAUUUACAAAACUUUGCGACUCCAAAGGGCUUCACUUGAUUGUUGAUGUGACUGCAUCCUAAAAAUCCCUUUAAUCUGAUGAAUUGCCUGCGGUGACGGCGUCCGACAUGACGGCGGCCGAUCUGGUUACCUGACGACGUGAACACCCUCCAGCGAAGUUUUUCAACGCGCUGCAGCUUCUUGUUUGUACGUCACUGAGGUGUCUGCACCAGUGAAGGUACCGAUGACGUGCUGGGAAACAAACAAGCUCCUUUUACUGUAACGUAUGACCGUAACCUCUUUUUAGCAACUAUCAGCCGUAUUUAGCUGCAGUUCGCACAGUUGCCAUGAGGCUAAAUGUAUUUUUCUGUGACAAUGAUCUGAUGUAGUGAAGAGAGUCAAGGUUUCUGGCACAAUUUUAAUCCGCUUCCAAGGUGCAGAUCUCCAGCGGUGCUUGUAUAUAGAGCAACUUUAUUGUUAAACUGUUUCAGCUCACAUGAAAAAUCAUUUUUCGAGGCCGUGAAUAAUUUUUCAGCGCGGUCCAUUUCCAUGUUUGAUGUAGCAAGCAUGAAUACAAUAUUGAAUUUUUUAUAUACACUUAUACUCAACAUUUUGCCUGCAAAAGUAAAGCGAUGGUAAAUAUUUUUUUAAAUAGCGGAGGAUGAAGUUCUUAAUUAAACACAAGAGAAGAAUCUUUAAAAAGUACAAGUCCUGCAUUUGAAAUACUAAAAAGAGGAUCAAAAUCAUUGCAUACCUGCAUGAUCAAAAUAAAAGUAUAGCAGCUUCGUCUUCUACCAUUUUCAUGAUUACUGUACAGUUAAUAGUUUGCACUGAGGCUUUUUAAUGUUGCUGGUUGAAAUGAGUCAGAUACACUGUGGAGCAAAUUUGAAAAGUUAGUUCAUCCUGCUGAUGCUCCAACCUUUUUAUUUAUUUAUUUUUAUUUUUAUAAUAUUGUCUUAAAAUAAAUGUGCCACCAUGAACCUCAUUCACCUUACAUUUCCCUUUUUAAUGAUGAACGGCACAGAUACAGGCGCUAAAAGGAUAAAUUAGUCAUACGACGGGACGAUCUGGGUUAAUGGAGAUCUCGACUCGGACUUAUGAUUUCUGAAUCGUUGCAAAGAUUUGAAUCAUGAACAGGAGUGAUUCAGGAAGCAGCCGGCCUAAUGAACAGUACUUCUGAAUAUUCCCAUUACUGCUUCAGAAUCUCGGAGACCUUGUCACUUGUCAUCGACUCAAACGCAAACACGCCAAACGUCUGAUGAAUCAGGUGACACGAUAAAUCAUUUACCAGUAGAUUCUCACUUUCUCUUCACAUCUGACUGCUGUCAUUCUACAAAUGUCUGCUAAGAAGAGCCCAACGAACUUGUUUUCAGACAAGACUCUUAAGGACUUUUUCUCUCUAGAUGUUCAGCUUUUACUUCCUUUCUAUUUAUAAAUAUGCAGAAGAGAAUUAACCUGUUGAUGAACUCAGAGUUUUGAUUUCUCUCUGCUGGCGUUCAGUUAUUUAUAGUCAAAGAAAGCAACAUGGUGCAGAUCUCAAGCUGUGCUGUAAUUAAGUCAUCCUGGAUAAUCUGUAAGCAUGUAUAUAUUUACAUUUACACAUUCAGUUAUGUAUUAUUUAUUUUUCUUUCCUGUUUUUGAACUUCUUAACCUUUUUCUUCCCUGCUACAAAGACUAUAAAAGCAAAG